AUGCCCCCACCCCGCCAUGCCCCCACCCCGCCAUGCCCACCCCGCCAUGCCCCCGCCCCACCAUGCCCCCCAACAGCCCCCACCCCGCCAUGCCCCCGCCCCGCCAUGCCCCCCAACAACCCCCACCCCGCCAUGCCCACCCCGCCAUGCCCCCACCCCGCCAUGCCCACCCUGCCAUGCCCCCACCCCGCCAUGCCCCCACCCCGCCAUGCCCACCCCGCCAUGCCCAACUGCCAUGCCCCCACCCAGCCAUGCCCCCCACCCAGCCAUGCCCACCCCGCCAUGCCCACCCCGCCAUGCCCACCCCGCCAUGCCCACCCCGCCAUGCCCCCCCGCCAUGCUCACCACGCCAUGCCCACCCCGCCAUGCCCACCCCGCCAUGCCCACCCCGCCAUGCCCCCACCCCGCCAUGCCCCCACCCCGCCAUGCCCCCACCCCGCCAUGCCCCCACCCCGCCAUGCCCACCCCGCCAUGCCUCCAACCCGCCAUGCCCCCACCCCGCCAUGCCCACCCCGCCAUGCCCCCACCCCGCCAUGCCCACCCCGCCAUGCCCACCCCGCCAUGCCCACCCCGCCAUGCCCACCACCCCGCCAUGCCCACCCCGCCAUGCCCCCGCCAUGCCCACCCCGCCAUGCCCCCGCCAUGCCCACCCUGCCAUGCCCCCACCCCGCCAUGCCCCCACCCCGCCAUGCCCCCACCCCGCCAUGGCCACCCCGCCAUGCCCCCACCCCGCCAUGCCCACCCCGCCAUGCCCCCCCCGCCAUGCUCACCCCGCCAUGCCCACCCCGCCAUGCCUCCACCCCGCCAUGCCCACCCCGCCAUGCCCACCCCGCCAUGCCCCCACCCCGCCAUGCCCACCCCGCCAUGCCCACCCCGCCAUGCCCACCCCGCCAUGCCCCCACCCCGCCAUGCCCACCACCCCGCCAUGCCCACCCCGCCAUGCCCACCACCCCGCCAUGCCCCCACCCCCGCCAUGCCCCCACCCCGCCAUGCCCACCCCGCCAUGCCCCCACCCCGCCAUGCCCCCACCCUGCCAUGCCCCCACCCCGCCAUGCCCCCACCCCGCCAUGCCCACCCCGCCAUGCCUCCAACCCGCCAUGCCCCCACCCCGCCAUGCCCACCCCGCCAUGCCCCCACCCCACCAUGCCCACCCCGCCAUGCCCACCCCGCCAUGCCCCCACCCCGCCAUGCCCACCCCGCCAUGCCCACCCCGCCAUGCCCACCACCCCGCCAUGCCCACCCCGCCAUGCCCCCGCCAUGCCCACCCCGCCAUGCCCCCGCCAUGCCCACCCUGCCAUGCCCCCACCCCGCCAUGCCCACCCCGCCAUGCCCCCACCCCGCCAUGCCCCCACCCCGCCAUGCCCACCCGCCAUGCCCACCCCGCCAUGCCCCCACCCCGCCAUGCCCACCCCCCGCCAUGCCCCCACCCCGCCAUGCCCACCCCGCCAUGCCCACCCCGCCAUGCCCCCCGCCGUGCCCACCCCGCCAUGCCCCCACCCCGCCAUGCUCACCCUGCCAUGCCCACCCCGCCAUGCCCCCGCCAUGCCCACCCCACCAUGCCCACCCCGCCAUGCCCCCACCCCACCAUGCUCACCCCGCCAUGCCCACCCCGCCAUGCCCCCGCCGUGCCCACCCCGCCAUGCCCCCGCCGUGCCCACCCCGCCAUGCCCCUGCCGUGCCCACCCCGCCAUGCCCCCGCCGUGCCCACCCCGCCAUGCCCCCACCCCGCCAUGCCCACCCCGCCAUGCCCACCCCGCCAUGCCCACCCCGCCAUGCCCACCCCCCGCCAUGCCCCCGCCAUGCCCCCGCCGUGCCCACCCCGCCAUGCCCCCGCCAUGCCCACCCCGCCAUGCCCACCCCGCCAUGCCCCCACCCACCACGCCCCCACCCCACCAUGCCCCCCACCAUGCCCCCACCCCACCAUGCCCCCCCGCCAUGCCCUGCUGUGCAUCUGUGGUGCCCAGUGGGGUGACCAGACCCCCAGUGCAGGGCGAUGGAUGGAUCUCACUCUGA